AUGGGAGGACACAAUUUCCCCAAAUGUGACAACUCAUGCGGUAAGAAAUUCCAAUUAUUAGUGGUAAAAAAAAAGAGGAAAAAAAUAAACAUGACAAUUUUUUCCAAAACAAAGAUAGAAAAGCACAUGCAUGCAACAAGUGAAGGAAUUCAUACACUCGAAGAGAAGUCUCCUAACUCCCCAAGUGAAUAUGCCAACAGCGUAAAGGGGGACUGUCAUAGCUACUCACCAAUUAGGUCCAUUGAACACACCAGAGAAGAAUCAGACGGUUGCAAAGGUAAUCAAUUUUACCACGACAUGGUUACAUCGUGUGAGAGCGAUUUGAAGAAUCACGAAGGUAAUUCCAAUAAUGAGCGUGAAAAGAACUCAAGCCACUUUAAAGGAAACAACAAAAGUGGCCUCGCUGAACAAGGCUUGCAUAAAAUGAGCGAUUAUGCAAUAUUCCCCCAUAAUAAUAGUGACACAUACAGGGAUAUAUUAACCACAAAUGGCAAAAGAGGUGAUGAAAUGCACAAAAUGGGAGCCGAAGUGUGUGCCCCUAAAGGUCAAGACAAAGGACAAAACACAUGUGUAGACUCUGAAAGGUGGAAAAAGACAGGGGAAAGUAGAACAAAAAUACGAGAUGGAAAAAUUGAAAAAGAACGGACUUCAUUUAAUUGUGCACCAAAGAAAGAAGCAAACUUAAACAACUCGAACGGCGAAAUUGUGGAUAUGUUAAGCCAUGCAACGGGAAAAACAAUAAGCAAAAGCAGAACCACAAGUAACACGCCCUGUGAAAGAGCCCUUGGUGGAGACGUCGAUGAACCAAGUGAAAAGUUAAGAAUAGAGAAUAUUUCCAUUAUGGGCCAUAGCAUAAUAGCAGAAAGAGGGACAGAUAAUCUUUGGAAGGACUCCAAUCGAGUUAUGCUAAAUAGAAAAGGGCCAGAAUUGCCACAUAAGGGGGAAAACAUAGAGCUUGGAAAGCAGCGCAAAAAAGGAAAUGGAAAUUGCAUUCCUCCUGAUCUCCCUGAUGACACUCACGGCGAUGUGCACAUUGAUGAACAAGGCAACAACUGGGGAAAGAAAGAUAUUGUGCAAGAAAUACUAUCCUUCUACACUCGAUAUAAAAAUAAACUGAACUUUCUCCUGAAGGAGGAAUAUAAUUAUUUAUGCAGGCUAAGGGACCACGUUAGAAAAAAUGCUCAAGAAUCAGAAGAAGUGAAGAAAGGUGAUUCAGCCGAGGGCACUUCCAGAUAUCAAUGUUGCGAAGGAGACAACGUUUUAAUUAACGAACUUGUGCACCACAUAAAUGACGGCAUAUCGGGAAAAAAUAAGUUACACAAUUCGUGCGAUGAGGGAGACGUUUCAACAAAUCAGAGUAAAAAAUGCCAUUGCAGAAAAGGAGAAGAGAAUUUUAUUUAUCAUCUAUAUAAUGACGACGCAGAUGUUCACCAAAUUUGUGUUCAAACAGACAAAAGGAUCGAGCGAAUUGAAUAUUAUCUAAAUCAAAGUGAGAAAAAAUGUUUAAGAAAAAACAAUAGCAUCACUAAGAGAGAAGCUGCUCCUCUGUUUUGGAAAAUUUCAUCAAGCGAUCGUUCCUCAAAUAAGAGCGAACCUCUUUGCAAAGACAGCUCGGUAGGAAGUAACCAACGUGAUUCUCCUUUUCGAGGUACAGACAUGACCAAUCUACGUAAUGGGGGGGAAGAAAUGAACCAUAUGAAGAUAACAAAAAGAAAUCCCCCUUCUUUCAAUGGCUCAACAAUGACAAAGCGAACGCACAAAGAUGCUUGGAUUCGUAGAAAAAUGAAUAAAAAAGUACCUGUGCGAAAAAAUGGAAGUUUCAAAAAAGACCAUUGUUCAAAAACACAUUUUAAAUACGAGCUGCUCUACAGAAUUAAGAUAUCUAAAUAUCUCCUACACAACUGGAGAAAAAUGGGAGGAACUUAUAGCGCCACUUCAAAUUAUCUCUUAAGGGGCUUAAAAUGUGCAGCCGCAAAUGGAUCUCACCUUUAUGAUAAAAGUGAAUUCCACUUUAAAGGGUCCCUUUGUCUUUUCAAUUACAAACCAUUUUUGCACCACUUCAAAGCUAAAACCAUUUAUUGCUACAUUCUGUGUGCGAAAGCAAGAGGCAUUUUUCGUAAAAGACUUAGCACUUCUCCAAAUCGAGCAAGAGACCCAAAUUAUGAACAUGCACAAAAACCUGAUCAGAGACAAUGCAGCAAUUAUUUAAAUUGUACAGAUGGGUACCUAGUCGGGAAAAACAAUAAGACAUAUCGGAAUGUCCCAAUGGAUAGGGAAAAUAAAGAGAGAAAAAUAUUCACUAUUCCUACCCCAAUUUGUGAACACAAUUUUCUUGGAACAAGAAUGAACUCAAACUUUAGCCACAUCAUUUGUAGCCCUUUCUCUGGAGGGGAAUCGUUUACCUAUGCGGAUUUUACUACAAGUGUGAUGAAACACUCUAUUAAUAGUAUCCCCUGCAAUGGAGAGAAAUACAUCACUAAGAAAGAGGGUGAUCAUUUCGCUUCGACCAAUUUCAAGUGGAAUCAGAAAAGCACCCCCGAUUUGUGUGGCACUAUGUGGAGAGGAGAACGAGACACAGAAGAAGGAGUCACAGGUGAGAGUUCUACUCACCGAAUGGGUAACUCCAUGUGGGCUACUCCAACAUCAACAUAUAUUACACAAAGGGGGGGAAAAAACACCCCCCUUAAAAAUGAUACCCCCACGAGUAGCCCACUGCAUCACGUGAACAUAAAUUUGAACACAGGGAAUGUUUGUCACGGAAGUCCUAAUUUGUUAAGUGAUAAGGACAAAUGCGAACAAUUGUAUGAUAAUACUGCAGGAAGAAAAGGAUGCAUGCAGUCCGCUAACUCGAUAAAAUCGUUGGGCAUUCAAAACGAUUCUACUUUAAAUAGUAAACUUAUAUAUGAACAAAAUUACCCGUCUGAAGAACACCUCACAAGAAUAAGUCACCACCUAGGAGGUUCAAAAAAGGAGAAUUUUGCUUCACCAAAUGAAAACAAUUAUCUUACAAAUUCGAUGACUUUAGAACAGUUCAGCGCGCAUUUUAACGUGAGUGAUAAGUAUAAAACCGGGGGGGGGCAUUCAGAAUGGUUGAUCUUCCCAAACGGCGGACGCAUGGCGGAGUAUCCCGCACGAAGCGAAUGUUACAUCAAUGUUUACGAAAAUAAUUGUGAUCCGAAUUACACCUUGGGGAAAAGCAAAAAUAUGUACCAGCUAAACUGCUCAUACGACAGAAUUGUCAAUUCCCUGUGCACAAGCAGAGGAAAGAUUACACAAGAAAAUGUUGGAAGAAACAAGAAUUACAAAAAAGAGGGAAAUUACAAAAAAGAGGCAAGAGAAAAAGAAAAGGAAAAUUACAAAAAAGAGGAAAGAUACAAAGAAAGGGAAAAAUACAAAAAGCAGUCCAAUGUAAUUAAGGAUGAAGAAGGUCAAAAUGGAAACAACAAUCUGUCCACGUUAUUGGUAGACAAUUUUAACCAAGUGCGUGAACACAAUAGGGAUAACAACACCGCCAGUAGCAGGAACGAUAAAUGUCAGUUAGUCGCCCAAGUGGGGAACAAAUCAGAUAGCACCGCUACGGCUGAUGCAGUGGACAAGUACUAUGUAGACAUGUUCACCAAUUGCGAUAGCCAGUCACGGUAUAUAGGAGCAAAAUUAAAAAAAAAAAAAAAAAAAACAGAUAACAUUCCACAUACUCAUAGGUACGAAAAUGAAAACACGCCGAUUCAAAACGUACACUGGUUCCAGAAGGAGAAAAAAAAAGGGAACUCUCCAGAAAAAGAACUAACACAAGCUGAGACACAUGCAACGCAAAUGGGUCAUAUCGGAAAAGGCCGAAAGGAAGUUGGCACGACGAUAUGCUCCUCACGAAGUGGUCAACAGGGUGGUCAACAGAACGGACAGUUAAGUCCACCUUUCGAUGCAACAAACGGUAACUAUAAAAGGGAAAAUCACGAUCUGGACAAACAUUUAAAUUUUGAAAAAAGGGAAAGUUACAAUUUCUUCGAUGAUCCGGUGGAUACAUUGGACCGAGCCAUGCGGGAAGAGAAUUCCAAACCGUCCAACACUCAUCGAGGAGUAAGCCAAAAUGAGAUAAAGACAAAAUGGGAGGAACUAAAAAGGCGUGAUUAUAAUCCCGAGGAAUACUCAAAUUUCACCAAUUCGUUAAACGGAAAGAGGGAGGAAAAUUACUUUUUCCCUUCAUGCAACGAAAAACACAAUUUGAGAAAAUUAAAAUAUGAUAUCAGCGAGCAUAUAUACGGAGACACGCCUCUUAAUUGGAAUCCAUCCUCGAGCACCCCCCAAAAGGGGACAAUUCACUCAAGGGAAUAUACGACGCAAAAAGAAGACUCCCCAAGGAUGGUCAAACAUGGCAAAAGAGGCAACGUCGUCAUGAGUGACGACAAUACAGCCAACACAGAGUAUAACCAAAAAAUAAACGACCAUUUUAACCAAUCCCAUUUUAGCGAUUUUUACAACUCAAACAGUUUUUCUCAAAGCUUCAAUUUUACAGACCAGGAUUGGGCUGUAAGAGGGAACAGCAACUGCGAUAGUAUCUCCCAUAAUUUUGUUAACACAAAUAAGUUAGAUGAAAUUAUUGAGAAAAUAAAAAAAUGGAAUGAACACAUUUCAAACGAUGUAAACUAUAUACAGUGCCUAUUUUGUGAUAAGUAUUUAUUCAAAGUGGAAAAUCAUUACGAUAAGGACAUACUCAACUCUUCGAUAAACGAAUCCAUCAGGAGAGAAAAAUAUACUUGUGCGAUCUGCAAACAUAAGAUAAGAACGCUAAGGAAAUACAACGAUGAGGUAAAAAUUGGAGAGCAGGUUGACACACAAAAGGGGGAGUAUUUUGAAGGCAAGUUAAAGGAUGGAAAAAAAUAUAUUCCUCACAAUGAAGGGGGUGUAGUAGACUUCUUACAGACGGAAAAAUUCAAAAAUUCACUUGACAUCACUUGCUCUGGGAGCAAUAAAUUUGCCACCUCAAUCCGAACGGAUGCAUCGUUAAAAGAUUCAUCGCUAGAGGAUGCAUCGCUAAACAGUGAUGUUAUUAAAAAGGGUGCCUACCACAGGGGAAGAAAAAGUGAAAGUGGAAAUGUCCUCGGUGAAAAUUGCUCUUCUGCUGCAAACUGCGAAAUUGACGGCCUUCCCCAGUUUGCUAAAUGUAGCCACGAAAAACAAGCGCUUUCUUUUCACAACAGAAAUUUAAUUUAUCCCCGCGGUUUUGCCAUUUUUGAUGACACGGCUGGGAAUGGUCCGCAUGGCAGCAACAUGGAUUCGGGCCUCUUCCGUUUCGAGGAGGUCCACCCUAAAAGGGGAAGCAACACCGACAGCGACGGCGGCGAAGCUAUUGACAUUAGAAGCACGAGAAGCAGUGGCGAAAACAUAGUGAACACCUGCUCGCUAGACAACGAAGUGACAACGCAGGAACGGGGUAAAUUCUACCAGAUGGACGCAACUGAAGGACGCCAAUUUGAACACACACAUGAUGAUGCAGACGACGCCACGAUGAACAAUACGAGCAGCGUGACAAAGAACAAAGUGGAGCUACCUGUAAAAAGAGACAAGACAGAUGGUGAAAAUUGGACGAACCCAAAUGGUGCAAAUGUGGAGAAAAAGAAAAAAAACGAAAGAGGCAGAAUUAAAAGGUGCGAAAAAAAAAGGCAAAAAUUAAAAAGAAGCUGUUCCGCGAACGGGAACAAUAUCUAUUUGUAUGGCAGGUUCGAUGACGUGCACCCCUUGGUCCAAAGCAAUUUUUCAAACCCGCAAAACAUUCAAUUAAACAACAUGCGUGUUAGAAAUGGCUUCCCAACGGAAUUGCAAAACUGUAGAAGCGAUUCGGGCAGUGAACCUAGCAACGAAUUUUUAAACAAAAAAAAAAAUAUAACUCACUCCAUUACUUCUGGGUGCAAAAAAAAGUAA